CUAUAAAUAACGCUCUGUUAUUAAAAUACCAUCACUUCACAUUCCAGUUCUGAAUAACAGUACUUCUCGUCGGAAAAAAUGGCGCUUAAGGUCCACGGAAGCCUGCUAUCGCCGGCGGUGUUGAGAGUCGUGGCUUGCCUCAAGGAGAAGGAGAUCGAUUACGAGUUUGUCAACGUUAACAUGCAAACCGGAGAACACAAACAACCACAUUUCCUUGCCCUCAACCCGUUCGGUCAAGUUCCGGCAUUUGAGGAUGGAGAUCUGAAACUCUUCGAGUCGAGGGCGAUUACACAGUACAUCGCGCACACGUAUGUUGACAAGGGGACGCAGCUGAUCGUCCCGGAUCACAAGAAGAUGGCGAUCAUGUCGGUGUGGAUGGAGGUUGAGGCUCAGAAAUUCGACCCUGCAGCUUCGAAGCUCAGCUUCGAGAUCGUCAUAAAGCCGGUUCUGGGGAUGACGACGGACGAUGCGGUGGUGGCGCAGUACGAGGAGCAACUAGGCAAGGUCCUCGAUGUCUACGAGGCACGGUUGAAGGAAUCGAAAUACCUGGGCGGAGACUGCUUCUCCUUGGUCGAUCUUCACCACAUUCCUCUCAUAAACAACCUCGUGGGUACUAAAGUUAAGGCCCUGUUUGAUGCACGCCCAAAAGUUUCCGCAUGGAUCGCCGAUAUUUUGGCCAGGCCUGCCUGGUCAAAGGUUCAAGAAUUGCUCAAACAGAAAUAGGAUAAUAUAAUCUCAAAUCACACAUUCAAAUAGGGCAAACAACCACUGAUGAUUGAAAGAUGAUGGGGGCUUGUCAUUUUUCGACUGUUUAUGUUUUGAAAUGUUCCAUCUUGUUAUCUUGUACUGUGUCUGUUUUUGGUUGUGUGGAUUUCCAGAUAUGAGAUUAUGUUGGCGUAUGUAUGAUGUGUUAUUGCAAUCAUGUUGAAAUAAUUAAGAAAACUGAUGGUACGUUAUUGAGCUUUAA